AUGAGGCUGGAGCUCUUCCUGGUUGUUAUAGCUGUGGUUGGUGCAGCUGGCACCCCACUGAACAAGGCAGCGGCCAAGAAGAAGCUGCUUCUGAUCUCAUUUGAUGGCUUCAGGUGGGACUAUGACCAGGACGUGGACACGCCGAACCUGGACCAGCUAUCGAAGGAUGGAGUCAAGGCCAAAUACCUCACCCCCCCAAUGCUGACCAUGACUUCCCCGUCCCACUUCACCACCAUCACAGGCAGAUGGGUGGAGGAUCACGAAGUUGUCCACAACCUGAUGUUCAACUCCACAACGAACCUCAAAGUUCCUAUCAAACUGACAUAUCAGAGAUCACAGUGGUGGGACAACGGACCUCUGCCAUUAUGGAUCACAGCACAGAACCAGGGUCUGAAAGCAGCUUCCUUUUACUACCCAGGAGGCGGGGUUACCUACGGCGGCCAGGCAGUCAACCGUGCAUACGUGCUGUCACAUGGCCACAAAGACGACAAUGAGACUGAGUGGAAGGAGAACAUUGACAAGGUGAUGAGCUGGUUCUCAAAAGAAGACUUCAGCUUGGUGACGCUGUACUUUGGGGAGCCAGACAGUGUGGGCCACCGCAUGGGGCCUGAGACCGAGGCCAGGAAGGUAAUCAUCAAGCAGAUCGAUCGCACCAUCGACUAUCUGAGAAAGGCCAUCGAUCGCAAUCACCUGAGCGACAGCCUGAACGUCAUCAUCUCCUCCGACCACGGCAUGACCACGGUCAAGAAGCGACCACUGGUGGACGAGAUCGUAAUCAAUAAAUACCUGAAUUUACUGAAUAGCACCUGCUUUGAGAUCCUCGACUACGGCGGGUUUGGCAUCUUGACACCAAAGCCAGGAAUGGAGCAGUUUGUUUUUGAUGAGCUGUCCAAGGCGCCAAAUCUGACGGUCUACAAGAAAGAUGAGAUGCCUGAGAGCUUCCAUCUCGCCAAAAGUAAGAGGUUACCUCCCAUUGUGGUCGUCGGAGAUCUAGGAUUCAACCUGAACUCUAGAUUCAUCGUCUAUGUCAACAGAGGAGACCAUGGCUUCAAUAACGAAAAUAUGGACAUGAAGACCAUCUUCAGGGCCUUUGGACCCGACUUUAAGAAGAACUACCUGUCUGAGCCAUUUGACAGCAUCCACAUCUACCCUCUGAUGUGCAAACUGCUGCAGAUUGAACCGGAGCCACACAAUGGAUCGCUGACUGUGACUGAGGACAUGCUGCAGCCCAGAGGUGGAUCACAGAGGGCUCACCUGUCUGUCGCUCUGCUGCUGUCGAUGCUGCUGCUCGUCAUCUUCACAGGGCUGUAA